GAAAAUCACAAAUUGAGAGAGGGAGAAGGGGGUGGGGGUUACGUAACACGGCGAUUCAGGAGGGGAUAGCAUCGUCAUCGCAAAAUGCAGGCUCUCCUGCUCCCCGCGCGGGCCGCGCCGCCGACGCCGGCGAUGCUUCGGCAGCGUGCGGUUUCUGCCUCCGCGUGUGCGUCGCAGGUCUGCCGCCCCCUAUUCGGUGCCGCCAGUUGCAUCUCCUGUGGGGUCCACGGAAGCGUUCGGCGGCACCUCACAGUGGCGGUGGCGGCGGCCCCGCCCUCGCCUUCGUCCUCACCUUCGUCGGGACCGCUCUACCCGACGCCUCCACCCACCGAGCAGGAGGUGGAGAGGGUCAAGCUCGAGCAGGUUAUGAGGAGACUAGAGAAAACAGCAAGGUAUUUCAAGAAUUUGGGUACCCUGGGGUUCUGGUCCCAAUUGGUGUGCACAAUUAUUUCUGCUGGAAUUUUGGCAUUCUCUACAGUUGUAACGGGGAAGGUGACAUCACCCUUUACAUUCUAUGCAACUGCUGCUGGUAUUGCUGCUGCUUUUAUUUCAGUCUUCUGGUCAUUUGGUUACAUCCGUCUCUCUGAAAGGCUUAGAAAAACAUCCAAAGAACCUGCUAAGGCUCCUCCACGUGCUGAUGUUGUUAAGAGCCUUAAAAAUGGCAUCGUGGUUAAUAUUCUUGGGAUGGGCGCUGCUGUUCUCGGCAUGCAAGCUACUGUUGGUGCUUUGGUAGCAAAAGCUCUCACAACCUCUGCAGUACCCUAUUAUCAGGCUGCUGGCCAAAGCCCUGUCUUGGCUUUAGAUGUUUUCCUAGUUCAGGCUUCAGCGAACACCAUCCUGUCGCAUUUCCUUGGGGUGGCGAGCUCCCUGGAGCUGCUGCGCUCGGUGUCACUGCCUCCAGCAGAAGCCGCCGUCCCGGCCCCGGCCCCUGCACGGGCCUGAGCCAUGGCCCGUUGGGCAGGUCAAGAAAAACCUUCAAUCCUUGGCUUUGGCUCUAGACAGUUGCUAUUUCUUGAUUGCAUGUACAACUUGCAUCAAGAAUACAUACACAUCGAUGCCUUCCAGUUCACCUGGACGCAACAUGUUCGCGUAAUUCCCGCCGAGUGUGAGCUCUUGCAUGAGCACUCGCGAACCACAUGUGGCGCUUGUUUGCUGUGCAAGUGCAAGUGAGUGCAGUGACCGGCUCUCGCUCGUUCUU